AUGAAGCUGAAAAAAUCAUCUGAUAAGAUAUAUGUUCCCCUUAGUAGCUAUGAGGUUUUCUUUGCUGCUCUGCUUGCAAUUUUUGUGUGUAUUUGUGUUGGACUGAUUGUACUUUCUUGGUUAUCAAUCCAGGAGCUGGAACGAGCUGAAGCAGGUGUGAAUACUCAUGGAUAUAUGGGAAUAUUUAAAAUAAUCUCUGGCACGUCUUUCACUCCAAAUUUACAGAACAGUUCAUCAGCUGAUUUCAAAGUCCUUGCCUUUGAUGUUGAAAAAUUGGCGCAAAAUAUCUUUCAUGAAAGUGAUCUGAAAUACAAAUUUGAGAGAUGUGAAAUUUCCCAGUUCAAUGUGGUUGUGAUCCUCACCCUUUAUUUUACCCAGAUGGUAACAGUUGAGAAAGUGAAAAAUGAGCUGGUUUUGGGUGUCAUUGCAAAUAACCUUAAUCCUACCAAGACUCUGCAAAUUGAUGUGAACAGCAUACAAGUUACAGUAGCUGCUGAGAAUCCUACUACGAUGAUGCCCUUAAUAUCUUCAGCUGAGUGUUUGCCACCUUAUGAACUCUGUGCUGAUGGUGUAACCUGCAUUAGUGAAGAUUUAUUUUGUGAUGGAGUCUUGAACUGUCUUGAUGGUUCAGAUGAAUCUGAAAAAAGAUGUGCUGCAGUUUGUGAUGGAAAAUUCAUGUUGACUGGUUCCUCUGGGUUUUUUCACUCUAUGAAUUAUCCAAAGCCAUAUAAUGAAAACAUUGUUUGCCAAUGGAUAAUAGUAGUGCCUCAAGGGUUGUCCAUUAAGCUGAACUUCACUUCUUUUGAAACACAACAAUUUGCAGACAUAUUGAGUAUUUUUGAAGGAUUAGGACAAAACAAGAUUUUAAGAGCUUCUUUAUCAGGGACCAACCUUGAAACAAUUUACAUUUUUUCUCAUGAGGCUACAGCACAGUUUAUGUCCGAUUAUUCAGAGAAUUAUAAUGGCUUUAAUGCAACGUACACUGCAUUUAAUGCGAGUGAACUAAACAAUUAUGACAAAAUCAAUUGCACUUUUGAAGAUGGUUUUUGUUUCUGGAUACAAGAUUUAGAUGAUGAUUCAGACUGGGAAAGAGUUCAGGGUCCUACCUUUCCCUUGAUGAGCGGUCCUGAGUUUGAUCAUACAUUUGGCAACUUGUCAGGAUUUUAUAUUUCAACACCCAUCGGACUUGGAUUCAUAGAAGAGCGAGUCCGGAUUCUGAGUUUGCCUUUGGUCCCUUCAGAUCUGUAUUGUCUAAGCUUUUGGUAUUUCAUGUAUGGGACUAACGUUUAUCGUUUAAGAGUUAGCAUAAGUGAUGAGCAUGGUCCAGAAAGGAUCAUUUUUGAGAAAGAAGGAAACUAUGGAAACAACUGGAAUUAUGGACAAAUAACUUUAAAUGAAACAUCUGAUUUUAAGGUUAUUUUUGAUGCCUUUAAAAGACGGGGUGCCAGUGAUAUUGCCGUGGAUGACAUUGGCCUGACGAAGGGAAAGUGCAAUGAAAACAAUUAUGUAGAGCCAACUGUGAGGCCAACUGCUCCUACCACCCCUUUAGUUCCUACUGACUGUGGAGGGCCAGUUGAACUCUGGGAGCCAAACAGUACAUUCAGCUCUGCAAACUUUCCAAGCAAUUACCCUAACUUAGCUUUGUGUGUGUGGUACUUGAAUGCUGAAAAUGGAAAAAACAUCCAGCUUCAUUUUCAGGUUUUUGAUCUGGAAAGUUUUCACGAUGUGGUUGAAGUCAGAGAUGGCAGAGGACAAAAUUCCUUGCUUUUAGCUGUCUACACAGAGAAAGGCCCACUGCCAGAUGUCUUCUCUACAGCAAACCAGAUGACAGUGAUCCUCCAGACAGACAAGUCUUCAACAGGGAAAGGAUUUCUUGCCAACUUUACUACUGGCUACCAUCUAAGGGCUUGCACAGUUGAUGAGCAUCAGUGUGGUAGUGGAAAAUGCAUCCCAUUGCAUAACCUGUGUGACAAUGUACCUCAGUGUGAAGAUGGCUCUGACGAAGCAAAGUGCAUGAGAUUACUCAAUGGCUCUCUGAGCACUGAAGGGCUGGUCCAGGCCAGGAUUGGGAAGUCGUGGCAUCUGGCGUGUGCAGAUGAUUGGAGUGGAGACAUUUCAGACAGUGUUUGCCAGCUGUUGGGGUUGGGGCAUGUAAACAUGUCAUCAGCUGUAUUAUUCACAGGAGAUGGCCCAUUUAUCACCAUCACAAAAGGAAGUAACCACAGCCUAAUUUUAACAAAAAGAGAAUACUGUUUGGACGACCUGGUGGUUCAUCUGCAAUGUAACAUUCAAUCUUGUGGCAAGCACCUGGUAACUCAGAAUAAUGGAACAAGAAUUGUAGGUGGAAGUGAUGCCAGAAGAGAGGCUUGGCCUUGGAUAGUUUCACUCCAUUUUAAUUUACAACCCGUUUGUGGAGCUUCCCUUGUUAGUGAUGAGUGGCUGGUGACAGCAGCACACUGUGUCUAUGGGAGACAAUUAAAGACAUCCCGCUGGCAAGCGGUUCUUGGCUUGUACGAUCAGUCAGAUCUGGCACAGCCUCCAGCAGUGGUUCGAAACAUAGACAGAAUAAUUAUAAAUCCUCAUUACAUGAAGCAAACAAAAGACAGUGAUAUUGCUCUGAUGCACCUUCAGCACAAAGUGCAGUAUACAAAUUACAUACAACCUAUCUGCCUACCAGAAAAAAGUCAGCAGUUUUUACCAGGAAUUAACUGUUCCAUUGCUGGCUGGGGAGAUAAUAAGAAUGAAGGUCCCACUUCAAAUGUAUUGCAAGAAGCAGAGGUCCCUCUCCUUUCCAAUGAAAAAUGCCAGCAAUGGAUGCCAAAAUAUAAUAUUACUGAGAAUAUGCUCUGUGCAGGAUAUGACAUGGGAGGAAUAGAUUCCUGCCAGGGGGAUUCAGGUGGGCCUCUGACAUCCAAAGAUGGGGACAAGUGGUUUUUGGUUGGUGUAACAUCAUUUGGUGAAGGGUGUGCGCUUCCCCAACGACCAGGAGUGUAUGUUCGAGUCACCAUGUUUGUGGACUGGAUCAAAAACAUCAUCUAUUAG